AUGUCGCGCUUCGUGUUGGACUCUAACAACCUGUGGUUGGUCGGCAACUCCGAAGGCACGAUCGCCGUCCUCGACGGCUCGGAAGUGGCCGACCUUAACCCCAAAGACGUGACCGGCGACGUCAGCCACUGGCAGAAAAUGGCUCAAAUCGGGACCAACUCGGCGUCCACCCACCAGGAGCUGGAAGUGUUCGGCGUCGUGCUCAGCGGCCAGAAGCUGGAGGAGCUGAGGAAGAACACCUACGACGAACAAGUCACCGUCACCAGAGAAGGGUUCAUGAUCCAGUGGCUCAACCCCAGUGGCGGCGAUAAGGCACCGGGAAGCUGA